GCCAAUAGGAAAGAGCCGCAUUCGCUUCACGUAUCACGUGGUCUCCGGCUAUCUGCUAGGCGGCUACGGAGACAGCGGCUACAUGGUUAUGCUAACAAGAAACAAGAUGCAUACUCCCAUAUUGGAAGCAUCUCUGUACACUGUAAAAGCAAUACUCAUUCUGGACAAUGACGGAGAAAGACUUUAUGCCAAGUACUAUGAUGACACGUACCCCACAGUGAAGGAACAGACAGCAUUUGAGAAGAACAUAUUCAACAAAACUCACAGGACUGACAGUGAGAUAGCAUUACUGGAAGGCCUGACUGUUGUUUACAAGAGCAACAUAGACCUUUUCUUUUAUGUCAUUGGAAGUUCACAUGAAAAUGAGCUUAUGCUUAUGGCUGUUCUCAACUGCCUUUUUGACUCCCUCAGUCAGAUGCUGAGAAAAAAUGUUGAACGUAGAGCUUUGUUGGAGAAUAUGGAAGGGCUCUUCCUCGCAGUGGAUGAAAUCGUAGAUGGAGGGGUGAUUCUGGAGAGCGACCCCCAGCAAGUUGUACAUCGUGUGGCCCUCAGAGCAGAUGAUGUGCCUCUGACUGAGCAGACUGUCACACAGGUUCUUCAGUCUGCCAAAGAGCAGAUCAAGUGGUCACUUCUGCGAUAGUCUGACCAGAAGAGCUGCUGUAAAGCACUGAUAAAGAUCUUCCUUUUUCACCCUCCUACAAUCACAGCUGACUGAUUCAGUCACCUCAUUCAUUUCCUUCUAUUUUCAAUUCUUUUUGUGCAGUCUUGCACUUGUGUGACAUUUUAGAACAGGAGGAUAAAAUAAGGUGUAUUGUACAUUCCAGCGCACGUGUUGAAGUGUUUAUUUUGUCAUGAUGAAAACCAGUGGAUCUGUCCACGAUACCUUAUAAACCUCAUCGUAGCUGGUGACAACAUUCCAUGCGUUUUCUCUUUUGCAGCAUCCCGUCUUGUCACGAUUUUGUAAUGAUGAAUUUGCAUUAACGAUGCUAACAUGUACAAUGUGUACUCUGUUAAUCACUGGUUGCCAAGGUUUAUUUUGCCUUGCCUUUUUCCACCAUCAGACAAUUUUAAUAAAUGUUUGUUGAUGCGGUGUAACCA